AUGUCUGGUCUUGGUAAGGGUGGAAAGGGUCUGGGAAAGGGAGGAGCCAAGCGUCACAGGAAGGUAUUGCGUGACAACAUCCAAGGCAUUACAAAGCCUGCUAUCCGACGUCUAGCACGCCGUGGUGGCGUAAAACGCAUCUCUGGGCUGAUCUACGAGGAGACUCGCAUUGUGCUCAAGAUCUUCCUGGAGAGCGUCAUUCGCGACGCAGUCGCAUACACCGAGCAUGCGAGGCGCAAGACCGUCACUGCCUUGGACGUGGUCUACGCUCUCAAACGCCACGGUCGUACCAUCUACGGCUUCGGUGGCUAA